CUCUCUGUAGUGCGUGAGACGACGCAGCAGUGAGAGUGGCACGGAGUGCGAAGAGGAGGCGCAUAACGGAGGCUCUCCGGCUGCGCGGCGCAGCGUCUUUGUGUCUGAAAAACAAAAAAAAGAAAAGACAGAAAAUAAAUAAAUACAGAAAUCUCGAUCUUCACUUUUGGGAUAUCAAGGGCUUCGCUUUUAUGGAUACAACGUAGCUCACGCCAGUGAACCGGUGGAUUUCAGUCUUCUUUUUUUUAUUACCCCCCUCUAAGGUUGAAAAAGGGGAGGGGGGGCGGAGUUGGGGUCGCCUGAGAGCCGUUUGGACUCGCUCUGAAAGGUCGCAGGGACGUCUUAUUUGAAGCCUUUCCCUACAUUGGGACCUUGGCUGUCUAGCCGGGUCAAGGGUCUUCAGCUGGCAUGCUGUGUCUACGCUGUCCUGGAAUGGCCGUUCUCUCAUCACUUGUGGCCCUGCUGCUCUUGUUUCUGAUUGGCUGUGAUGCUGUGUCGGUCCCCAUCUUCACAAAGGUGCCUGUUGACCAGAUUGGUGUCUCUGGAGGGGUAGCUUCCUUUGUCUGCCAAGCAACGGGAGACCCCAAGCCACGUGUGUCAUGGAUCAAGAAAGGAAAAAGAGUCAACUCCCAGCGUGUUGAGACAAUCGACUUCGAUGAGGGAGCAGGUGCGGUGUUGCGAAUCCAGCCACUCAGGACGCCACGUGAUGAAAACGUUUACGAAUGCGUCGCUGAGAACUCCGAAGGCAAUGCAGUGGCCACGGCCAAACUCUCCAUCCUCAGAGAGGAUCAGCUUCCGUUGGGGUUCCCGAACAUCGACAUGGGUCCCCAGCUCAAGGUGGUCGAGCGAACACGCACAGCCACCAUGCUUUGUGCCGCCAGUGGUAACCCUGAUCCUGAAAUUACCUGGUUCAAGGAUUUUCUACCCAUCGAUCCAAGUACAAGUAAUGGAAGAAUUAAGCAACUGCGAUCAGGAGCCCUGCAAAUUGAGAACAGUGAAGAGACGGACCAAGGCAAAUAUGAAUGUGUGGCGUCCAACAGCGCCGGCGUGCGUUACUCUUCCCCUGCUAAUCUUUAUGUGCGAGUGAGACGGGUGCCGCCUCGUUUUUCCAUUCUCCCGACGAGCCACGAGAUCAUGCCGGGUGGCAGCGUGAACAUUACGUGUGUGGCUGUAGGCUCACCCAUGCCAUACGUAAAGUGGAUGCUUGGAGGGGAUGAGUUAACCCCAGAAGACGAGAUGCCUGUCGGCCGCAACGUCCUGGAAUUGAACAGCGUGCGCGAGUCGGCUAAUUACACCUGUGUGGCCAUGUCCAGCCUCGGCAUGAUUGAGGCUGUGGCCCAGAUCACUGUCAAAUCUCUUCCCAAGCCUCCUGGUACCCCCAUCGUGACAGAAACCACAGCAACCAGCAUAACCAUCACUUGGGACUCUGGCAACCCAGACCCCAUCUCCUAUUACAUCAUCCAGUACCGGGCCAAAUCAUCUGACAGCAUCUAUCACAUUAAAGACGGCAUAACGACCACACGCUACAGCAUCGGAGGGUUGAGCCCCAACACAGACUAUGAGAUCCGAGUGUCAGCAGUUAACACCAUUGGUCAGGGACCUGCAAGUGAACCUGUUGAAUCCCGAACUGGAGAGCAGGCCCCAGCCAGCCCUCCACGCAACAUCCAAGCUCGAAUGCUCAGUCCGAACACAAUGAUAGUCGCAUGGGAUGAGCCUGAAGAGCCAAAUGGGCAGAUCCGAGGAUACCGCAUUUACUAUACCAUGGAUCCAUCCAAACCAAUUAACGCUUGGCAGAAGUACAAUGUGGAUGACAGCCGCUUGACCACCAUUGGUAGCCUCGUCUCCCAAGAAACCUACACCAUCCGUGUUCUGGCUUUCACUUCGGUAGGCGAUGGACCUUUCUCUGAGCCCAUCCACCUGAAGACACAACAAGGCGUCCCGGGCCAGCCAAUGAACUUCCGAGCAGAAGCUUUGUCAGACACCAGCAUUCGGCUCUCUUGGGACCCCCCACGUCAAGAAAAUAUUAUCAAGUACGACCUUCAUUACAAGGAGGGGGAACAUGGCCAAGAGAUCCACGUCACCUUUGACCCUGCCACCUCAUACACCGUGACCGGCUUGCGUGCCAAUACCCUCUACUUCUUCCGGCUGGCAGCCCACUCGGAUAUUGGGUUGGGUGCCUCCACGGCUCAAAUCUCCCAGCAGACUUCUCAGGCCAAACCUUCCGCUCCCCCUCAAGACAUUAAGUGUUCAAGUUCAAGUUCUACCACCAUACGGGUAAGUUGGAAACCUCCCCCAGCCGAGCACCAAAAUGGCUUGCUGACGAGGUAUAGCGUGCGCUACCAGGCACUGGAUGGAGAAGGGACCAGCGUCAAGGAAGUGAAGGACAUCUCCCCAUUCAUCAAUGAGAUCUUCCUUGAAGGCUUGGAAAAGUGGACUGAAUACCGGGUCAGCAUGGUGGCCUUUACUGAAGUUGGACCUGGACCUGAGAGCGCUCCCAUAAUCGUCCGAACUGACGAAGAUGGUAAACCCACACUGCCGUCCUGUGCGGCUUCAGCACAGCAAAGUCCACCAAGGAUGUGGAUCACAGAGAGAAAUAAAGACAUGCCGGGAGCUCCUCCUCGGAAAGUUGAGGUGGAAGUGCUGAACUCCACUGCCCUGAAAGUCCUCUGGCGAUCGCUGCUGUCUAGUCGCCAGCAUGGGCAAAUCCGUGGCUACCAGGUCCAUUACGUGCGCGUGGAAAACGGUGAGGCACGAGGGCUGCCCCUUAUCAAGGACGUCAUGCUGGCCGAUGCACAGUUGGAGACUGAUGAAACAGCUGAGUAUGAGAUGAUCAUUUCUGGCCUGCAGCCGGAAACCACCUAUUCGAUCUCCGUCGCUGCAUACACCACCAAAGGAGAUGGCGUCCGAAGCAAGCCCAAGCUGGUGGUGACAAAAGGGGCAGUUCCUGGUAGACCAGCGCUGUCCAUCCGGCAGAAUUCUGAAAAUACCGCCUUGGUUCAGUGGCAGCCUGCCAUUCAUCCAGCUGUUCAAGUCCUGGGCUACCGCCUGCAGUUUGGACGUAAAGACGUCACACCUUUGGCCACACUGGAGUUCACCCCACAGGAGCUAGAGUACACCGUCAGUAACAUCCACAAGGGGGCCACCUACAUCUUCAGAUUGUCAGCUGUGAGUCGCUCCGGCUUGGGGGAGGAAGCUGUUCAGGAACUGACCGUCCCAGAGGAGGUCCCUAAGGGUUACCCCCGAAUCUCUGAGAGUCAUAAUAUCAGCUGCUGCUCCGUCGAGUUUGUCUGGCUCCCUCCGGUACUUGCAGAGAGAAAUGGGGUCAUAACUGAAUAUACGGUGGCCUACAAGGAGUCAGGGAGCUCCGGUCCGCCUUUGGAAAUGACUGUGGCUGCUUCUGAGACCAGCUUGACCUUAAACAGCCUUAAACCCGACUCUGCGUAUGACGUCAAAAUCCGUGCACACACCAGUGUAGGUCCCGGGCCCUAUAGUCCUUCAUUCCAGUAUCGGACCAUGCCGCUGGAGAAAGAUGCCCCCAAGUAUUUCAAGGUCAAGCUCUCAAUGAAGACAUCAGUCCUUCUGACUUGGGAGUUUCCAGCCAACCGUGGACCUUAUGCCUGCAAGAUUGAAUACAACGGUCAUAGUGUGGAUGUGGAUGCCAGGGCCACCAAAGCAUUAAUUACAAACUUGCGUCCCAACACAACUUACAGCUUCAAGAUGAUCAUUGGUGAAAACAACAUGGGUGGCCUAAGGCAUAAUAUACAGGUGCGGACCGCCCCACAAAUUCUGGCCUCCAAACCUGUGCUGAACCGCAAGAUCGAUGGUGACGGAUCCAUUAACAUUGUGCUGCCUUCAUUGGAAACCCUGAUACCAGUCAGAUACUACUACAUCGUUGUGGUGCCAUUGAAGAAGGUGCGAGGGGUGUUUCUGAAACCCUGGAAGACUCCGGAUGAUAUGAAUCUGGAGGAUCUUCUGAGAGACAUCGGCCAACAUCGGCGGCGGCGGAGAAGAAGUAUGCGCUUCUCUCGUCAACUUGAAAUUCAGAAACCGUACAUCGCUGCCCGAUUCAAGACACUUCCGAACCACUUCACCUUGGGUGACCAGAUGGAGUACAAUGGCUUUGAAAACCAUCCUUUGGAGCCUGGCCAGGAGUAUAUUUUCUUUGUCUUGGCUGUGUUGGACAGUCCUGAAACGAAGAUGUUUGCUGCAAGUCCUUUCACAGAUCCCGUCUUGGCUCCUGACCUUGACCCCCAGCCCGUGGAUGGUGGAGAUGGACUUAUAUGGGUAGUUGGGCCAGUCCUAGCGGUGGUCUUCAUCAUCUGCAUAGUCAUCGCCAUCCUGCUGUAUAAGAACAAGCGGAAGGAGUCGGAACCGCGCACCAAGUGCCUGCUGAAUAACGCCGAGAUCACGCCGCAUCAUCCUACAGACCCCGUGGAGAUGAGGAGGAUCAACUUCCAGACCCCAGAUUCUGGUCUGAGCAGCCCCCUCAGUGAACCUGAUUUUGACUUUGAAAGCAUGCUCAGCCACCCACCGAUCCCAAUCAGUGACCUUGCCGAGCACGCCGAGUGCUUGAAGGCUAAUGACAACCUGAAAUUGUCACAGGAGUAUGAGUCGAUUGAUCCUGGCCAGCAGUUUACUUGGGAACACUCCAACCUGGAGGUGAACAAGCCCAAGAAUCGUUACGCCAACGUCAUCGCCUAUGAUCACUCCCGGGUCAUCCUGUCUCCAAUUGAGGGUAUCAGCGGCAGUGAUUACAUCAAUGCCAAUUACAUUGAUGGCUACCGCAAGCAAAAUGCCUACAUUGCUACACAAGGACCUCUGCCUGAGACAUUUGGAGAUUUCUGGAGGAUGGUGUGGGAGCAGCGAGCCGCCACUGUGGUCAUGAUGACCAAAUUAGAGGAGAAAUCAAGGAUAAAAUGUGACCAAUAUUGGCCAAGUCGAGGUACAGAGACGUAUGGAAUGACCCAAGUCACUCUACUGGACACCAUUGAACUGGCCACUUUCUGUGUCCGAACAUUUUCACUACACAAGAAUGGCUCGAGCGAGAAACGAGAAGUCCGGCAGUUCCAGUUUACAGCUUGGCCCGACCACGGCGUCCCAGAAUACCCCACACCCUUCCUAGCAUUCCUACGCAGGGUGAAAACCUGCAACCCACCAGAUGCUGGCCCAAUCAUCGUCCACUGCAGCGCUGGUGUUGGUCGAACUGGCUGCUUCAUUGUGAUUGAUGCCAUGUUGGAGCGGAUCAAGCAUGAAAAGACGGUGGACAUCUAUGGCCACGUGACCUUGAUGAGAUCGCAGCGCAACUACAUGGUGCAGACUGAAGACCAGUACAGCUUUAUCCAUGAUGCACUUUUGGAAGCAGUGGCCUGUGGAAACACAGAGGUGGCAGCUCGCAGUCUGUACAGCUACAUUCAGAAGCUGUCUCAGAUCGAACCAGGUGAACAUGUGACGGGCAUGGAGCUGGAGUUCAAGCGCCUUGCCAACUCAAAAGCUCACACAUCCAGGUUUAUAAGUGCCAACCUCCCGUGCAACAAGUUCAAGAACCGCCUUGUUAACAUCAUGCCGUAUGAAACCACCAGGGUGUGCCUGCAGCCUAUCCGAGGAGUCGAGGGCUCGGACUACAUCAAUGCCAGCUUUAUUGAUGGCUACAGGCAACAGAAAGCUUACAUCGCCACACAGGGACCAUUAGCAGAGACGACAGAGGACUUCUGGAGAAUGUUAUGGGAAAACAACUCCACCAUCGUUGUCAUGCUGACCAAGCUUCGGGAAAUGGGAAGGGAGAAGUGCCAUCAGUACUGGCCAGCAGAGCGCUCGGCCCGCUACCAGUACUUUGUCGUCGAUCCUAUGGCGGAGUACAACAUGCCUCAGUACAUCCUGAGAGAGUUUAAAGUGACAGAUGCCAGGGACGGUCAAUCCCGAACAGUACGGCAAUUCCAGUUUACAGACUGGCCAGAACAAGGCGUGCCAAAAUCAGGAGAAGGCUUCAUCGACUUCAUAGGCCAGGUGCAUAAAACCAAGGAACAGUUUGGACAGGACGGGCCGAUCUCUGUCCACUGCAGUGCGGGAGUCGGCAGGACCGGCGUGUUCAUAACGCUUAGCAUUGUCCUGGAACGGAUGCGGUACGAGGGUGUGGUGGACAUUUUCCAGACGGUCAAGAUGCUGAGGACACAGCGGCCAGCCAUGGUGCAAACAGAGGAUGAAUAUCAGUUCUGCUAUCAAGCUGGCCUGGAGUAUUUGGGGAGCUUUGAUCACUAUGCAACGUAAAAAGCCAUCUUUCCACAGUUUUUACUGCCCCACCUCAGUCUCUGCUGAGCCAUGGAAAAAGAUUGGAGAGAAAAAAAAAGAAAGAAGGAAAAAGUGAAAUAAAAAAAAAAUGGAAAAGCAUGAACGGGAAAACUUUUAUAUGAAAGAAGGAUAACAUGUUGCUAAUGGGAGGGGAGCAGAGGAGAGGAGAAAUUCCACCAACACACCACCCCUCGUCUCCCCUUUGGGAAAAUGACGGCUGCAGUCACUGGGGUGAACAGCUUAAAUCUUAGAACUGCUUACUUUUACCUCAAGUGUUCAGACCUGGAGGACAAUAUACAUAUUUUGUGGACAUCAAUUCAAAAAUGGAAGUGAAUAAACAAUUAAAAUAAAAAAAACUACAGACAAAUAAACAGCAGAUAGAGGAUUUUUAAGAAGGAACAGAGGAAACAAAAAGUCAAAAGAUUUGUGGCAAAG